GCGGAGCCUCGUUCUGACGGCGGCGGCGCAGGCUGCAAAGCGGACGCGGCGCCAAAGAGAGUCUCAGUCAGUCAAGUACUCAGUGGGGAUGGCUGCUCGCGCUUCGGCGGCAGGCAGAGCUGUGGCAGCUGGUCGCCUGGCCGAGUGAUUCGGAACUCCUUUCUUUCUCUUCCCCCCUACUGCGUGCAGCGCCCGGGGGUAGGGGAAGAAGAUCGGUGUCUUUUACCAAAAGUGUGUUUUGAAGAUGCCGCAUGUGAGUAGUGGGGGCGGCGGCGAUGACCUGGGCAGCACGGACGAAGUAAAAGUAUUCAAAGAUGAGGGAGAAGACGAGAAGAGGUCGUCCGAGAAUUUGACGGAAGAGAAAAGUAGCUUGAUAGACCUUACAGAAUCUGAGGAAAAGAGCGGCUCCUUACCCGGGCAGAGCUAUUCUUCAAGCAAGAAUGCGACGCGAUCGGACCACAGCCCCGUCUUCGGGAAGGUGGAGCCGACGCCUCACACGUCGUCCUUCAACAUGGGCUACCUCGUCUCUCCGUACCCGUACCCCAACGGAACGGCUGGGCCCAUCCCUGUCUCUAUGGUGAGUACCACUGGCAGAAGCAACAUGAUUGUCGAGAAUCAGUCUUGCCUGCUAGUACAUCGUAAGUACUAA